GCCUCUCAUGCCGAGGCGUUAUGUUUCUAAUGCACAGCACCGCCGAUUCUAACAGAAUCGAUGACUUAGGUUCAUCAGACGUCUCGUAGUAUAUUGAACGUUAUCAGCGCUCUGCGGGAUUAAUUUGUUGCACAAAGUCUCCUAUUGAAUACGGUAACAACGAUUCACAAGUGGUCAACAUCUCUCAUUCGCGAGUUCAAACCCUUGGCGGACAAUCCGAGGAGUGUCCGCACCACCUCGGCGGCUUUGCGGAAGCUGCUUGUCGAUCUGUGCUCAAUUGGGCAAGUAUGGUUUAGCUUUCGGUGGGAAUACUCGGCUCCCUAUCUGCUCCGCAGCGUUUGGAGACGCAUGGAAUUGUAUGCUGUCUGUGUGAACGCCUUCUCAAGACCGAAGGCAAUGAGUUUCCACACCCACGAUUGCCUGGGCGAUUUUAACCUCUCCAAGGCAGCCAAACGCACGCCUACAAAGUCCUCGGGCGGCAACGGCCGAGCAAUCAAGCUUCAAGUCAGUAUGACAUGCAUUUGUCCAUUCAAACCUCUUUGUCUUGAAGGGCGAGAUUUCAACGGAGAUGGACUGCCAAGCUCAAGACAUGCGACCACCGAAGAUGUAAUAUUGCAGAAGUCUUCAAUAUCUGCAGCCUUUCGCAUUCUCUAUUCAUAUGCAUCCGUGGUUGCUGUCAGAAGCAUGCCCAAAUAUUCAAGGUUCAAACGCUAUUUGGAUCGCGGUGAUAGCCAAUCUGCAUCGUCUCUGUCCAAAUCUUGGCAAGUCUUCGGAUAUCUCCACCUAUCUAUAUUAGCGCAUGGACAUACGAGGGCGUGGUGGCGUUCUUCGACAUCGAACUCUCGGCAUGCCUGGUUACACCCUGCGGAGUCAAUACCGUUGCAGCAACUAGGGUUAAUCUCGGCGCGGAAGUACAUUGAUUCGUCUAUAAUGGCCCAGUGGUUCGACAGGAUCCACGAUGGGCGUGUGGCCCCCCCUUCAAUCAAACCAUUGAUUACGACACGUUGGAGAGCAAUUGCCUGUCAAGGGCAAGUCUUCGGUGGGUAUAUGUCGUCGUAAUGUGAAGCAAAAUGUCCACCCUUCCAAUCUUGGCACUUGCGUGGGUUCCUUUGUCUGAAAUUGCAUCGCGAUGCGCGACUACACGUCGUGUUCUGGAAAUCUACCACGGACUGGAUAUAAAACUUCGCCUUCUGAGGUUCUGUUCUCCCCUCACCAGUUCUUUUUCACCCUCCCCUUUCUCCUAAGUUCUUCCUGACUGCUUCGACUUUGACCCUGCACUCGAUCACUUGCUUCUUUUCCCUGCGCAGACCUCUUCCUGAUCGUUCGAUGUUUUCUAACGCCCCCGAGUACGAAGCAAGAUUGCAUCGACCGUUCACACCGCCCACGGUCACGCUCAAACAAGUGCAUGACGCAGUUCCAAAGCAUCUGCUACGUAAAGACCCAUUGAGAUCGUUUGGCUAUGUUUUCCGCGACCUUGUUUUCUGUGGUUUACUCUUCUGGUUCGCCACCUCCAUCGACCGCCUAUCGCACUCAGGGUUCGGCGGUUACGUACGCUUAACCGAUCCUUGGGAAGUGAGGCUUUUGAGUGGCGUUUUAUGGCUGUCCUAUUGGUGGUGGCAAGGUCUCGUAUUCACGAGUUUCUUCUGCAUUGCACACGAGUUGGGUCACGGAACGCUAUUUCACUCUUGGUAUGCCAACAACAUCCCAGGUUACCUCAUUGACACUUUCAUACUUGUCCCCUUUUUUGCAUGGAAAGCAAGUCACAAUGCUCAUCAUAAAGCUGUUGGAUCUAUUGAACGCGAUGAGAACUACCUGCCAUACCUGCGGAGCGACUUCAAAUUACCGCCGCCGGACCGAGCGCGCAGGGCGGACUAUGCCGAAGUAUUUGAAGAAACACCUAUCAUGACGCUCGGGAGGCUGCUGGUAAUGCAGACAUUCGGCUGGUGGCUGUAUAUGGGGUGCAACAUCAUGGGUUCGAAGAUGUAUCCUGCAGGCACGAAUCAUUUUUCUCCAUAUUCUCCACUCUUCAAAAAGGAACAGAGAAUGGGUAUCAUUAUUUCCGACAUCGGUUUGCUGGCGAUGGCGUCGCUACUAACAUACGCUGGUUCUACGUACGGCUGGAAGGCCGUCUUCAUGUACUACGCCAUCCCUUAUAUGCUUUGCAAUCAUUGGAUUGGUGAGUUCCCUAUAUUGGCGUCGACUGAAGUGAUGUGUACCUUCCUCCACCAUUCAGACCCCACGAUACCGCACUAUCGGAAAGAGGAAUGGUCUUUCCUACGCGGCGCGGCUGCUACUGUUGAUCGACCCAUACUUGGCUGGAUUGGAAGAUUCUUCUUCCAUAAUGUCUCCCACGACCACAUUGCACACCAUUUCUUCUCCCAUGCCCCUUUCUACAAUCAACCAGAAAUAACUCAGGCAAUACGUUCCGUGUUGAAAGAAGAUUACAAUUACGAUUCCACGAAUUCUUUAUAUGCCCUUUAUCGAUCGUUCACGGAAUGUGUCUUCGUUGAAGAUGAAGGCGGAAUCGUGUUCUACAAGAAUGCAUACGGUGUAGCGUCAAGAUGCGUCGCAGACUCGGCGAUGAAGGAACUCAAAGUCAAAGGUUGGAAUCCUGUGGAGCAGGAUAACAUCGAAAUAAGGUGAUGCGAGGGUAAAAUGCUCCAAAAGCCACCAUAGUAUGGCAUCCUUGAGGCUCGAGCACUAUAGACUAGACAAGGUGCUGUUGUUGUAUUGGUAUCAUUAGCGCGUCGCUGAGCGAUUGCGAGGGACCCAUUACUUAAGUAAUUAGGAUUGUACUUGCACGGGAUCUUAGAUUAUUUUCUAUAGACAUUAAGACUCACAUGCUUAGUU